AUUAUUUUCGCCACGCCUGUUCUCACCGCUGCCACCCGUUACCAGAGAAGCGUAGCUACGGCUAGCGACGUAGCCGUGGAGCGUCAACCAAAUCAACUCUUGGUUGACCAAGUUUGCUCACCAGCCAGCGGAUGCUUACAGUUUUCUAACGCGGUGUCUUCCUGGCUGUCGUAUAAUAUCAUGUGAGCUACAUAAAAUAGUAAUGGAGGAACUUGGACAUGUAUUGGACAUGUUGGACUUUUGAAGAUCUGUACAUCAUUAAAAAAUGUUCUUCAAACGAAUGGACAUCCUGAACGAUGCCAUAUAGUGGACCUAUAGAAGUCUAUAUGAGAUCUUUGUUCUUGCUCUUGAGGAAAAGUUUCAACAUCGAACAGAUGCCUCCUCCUCAAACCUAAUGUGUGACCAUGGAACAUGAAGAGGUGCGGACGGAGCUGGACCGGAUCGCUGCGCGGCUGCAGGACGAUGGCCUGGCCCCGGCGGCGGGCGCCGAGGAGCGGCAGUGCCACCUGUGGCGGGAGCUGGUGGGCAGCGAGGGGAAGCUGCUGGCCUCCUCCCAGGAGCUGCGGGCCCUGCGCACGCAGCAGGCCGGCGAGAUGAAGGAGGUGGAGAGCUACGUGGAGCACAUCAGGGGUCUGCUGGAGGAGAGGGAGAUGCUGACAACGGAGUACGAGAGAGACAACGAGCAGCUGCGCCUGGAGCUCAAACAGAGCCGGCUCCUGCACGAGAACCAGAGCAAGGAGCUGGUGGAGCUGCUGUCCCAGGAGGGGCUGGGGGACGUGGGCCUGAGCAGCCCCAGCGAGCAGGUGGCCUACCUGCUGGUGGAGAGGGCCACGCUGCUGGAGAGGCUGGAGGUGGCCGAGAGGAGGCUGGACUCCCAGAGCCUCACCGGCAGCCUGAGGGAGGUCCACCUGCAGGAGGAGGUUGAGCACGUCCGCCGCACUUUGGGUCAGGAGCUGCUGAAGACCAGAGACAACAUGACAAAGUGUUCGAGUCAGAGCACCUGGAGGAAGCUGUUUGGUCCCAGAAGAUCCUCUGCUCAGAGCAGGCUCACUAGCGUCCCCCUCCACGAGGAGGAGGUGUCCCAGGAGAGGGGAGGGCGCCAGGGCCUGGAGCGGGACCUGGAGGAGGCGUCCCGGCGGCUGGCCAUGGCCCACCAGGACAUCCGCAGGCUCACCGCAGAGCUGGACGCCGCCAGGAAGAACCAGCAGGACCCCGACGGCGACGGCAGCCUGGGACUCGGCGGAGCUGAGCUGGAGCGAACAGAACAGGAAGUGGAAAACCUGAGGAAGGAAGUGGACAAACUGAAGCACUGUGACAUGGUGGAGCUGCAGAAGGCCAGAGACCAAAACGAAAGGCUGGACGGGGAGAUACGUGUUCUGAGGGAGAGGGUACGAGCGUUAGACACCGAGAAGAAAACCCUCCUGGACAAGCUGGCACAGCAGGAGCUAGAGCAAGCUUCCUCUGUCAAACCACAGCCACAAGGAGAGGGGAAGGGGAGAAGUGGAGAGCUUCAGAGCAAUGUGGCCCCCUUGUGGAAUGAGGAGGAGCAUGUCCACAAACGGUGUCGCGAGGCGGUGGAGGACGGCCGUGUGCAGCUGCGGGAGCUGCAGCGGCGGCUGCAGAAGCAGCGGGCUGACCAGGAGGAGCUGGUGGAGAGGAACGAGGAGCUGGAGGCCCUGGUGGGGGAGGCGCAGAACGCCAGCAAGGAGGAGCGGCAGCGGCACGACGGGGAGCUGGAAGGCCUGCGCAGGAAGAUUAAAAGCCUGGAGGUAGAGCUGAAGAAGCAGUUUGCCCAGGACAGGCUUCUGAAAAACGUAGAGGAGAGCAAAGAGUCGGAGCCCUACUUUCAGCCGCUGAGAGGCGUGGGCAGCAGCCAGGAGCGGGUGUCCCUGUUGGAGGCGCGGCUGACGGAGGAGAAGGACUGGAGGAAGCAGCUGGAGGUGGACCUCACCUCCGCCCAGGGAGCCCUGAAGAAGGACAAGGAGGCCCUGCAGAUGGGCGAGCGGGAGCUGAAGAAGCUGAGGAUGGAGGUGAACAGUCUGCAGACCGAGUGUCAGCAGGGGAAGACCCUCAUCAAGAGCCUCACGCAGGUCAAGGGAGAGAAGGCCGUGCUGGAGGAAAAGUUGGCCCAGUUGGAGCGCACUCACGCCCGCCUGCAGGGCGAGUUGGAGCGCCAGAGGGAGAGUGGUGGGGCCAAGGAGGACCUGAGGGAGAGCAGGGCGGAGGUGGAGCAGCUCAGGGACCAGACGUACCGGCUGACCUCUGAGCUGGCCAGCCUGAGGACGGCCCACGACGCUCUGAGAGAGGAGCUGGGGACCGAGAAGCUCCAGAGCAGCGGGCUCCAGGCGGACCUCCGCUCCGGGGCCCAGGAGACGCUGUCGGCCCAGGGGGAGAGGGACAGGCUGGGCCUGGAGGUCCAGCAGCUCCAGCAGCGCCUGGAGCUGCAGCUGGAGGAGCAUCAUGCCUCCGCGAGGAGCAGCAGCCAGGAGCCCCUGACCAAACCUAGUCCCGGGGGUCCAGUGGAGCAGCUGCCCAGCGUGAAGCGGGACCCGGCUGGCCUGCAGGCCGACCUGGAGGAGGAGAGACGGCUGUCCGCCCGCCGCCAGCUGGCCCUGCAGGCCCAGGCGACUGAAGCCCAGGCCCGUGCCAAGUCUCAGGACAUGGUCCUGGGCCAGAAGGCGGAGGAGGCCCGGCAGCUGAAGCAGGACCUCCAGAGGGUCCAGAGUCUGUUCACCUCGGCAGAGCGGGAGCUGCGCUACGAGAGGGAGAAGAACGUGGACCUGAAGAGGCACAACGUGCUGCUGGACCAGGAGAAACUCAAGCUGUGUGCAGAGGUGAAGCAGAGCGCGGCCCGGUUGCUGCAGGUGGAGCAGAAGGUGCAGGGUCUGGGCAGCGAGUGCGAGCGCCAGCAGCAGAGGAUCCGGGAGCAGGAGCUGGAGCUGGCUCGAAGCUCCACCACCCGCAGUACCACCAGCAGCCUGCAGGAGGAGCUGCAGGCAGAGAGGGCUCGCCUCAUCGCCGCGGACAAGAAGGUGAUGGAGCUGCAGCAGCAGCUGAAGAACUCGCAGCAUCAACUACGAAUGGAGGAGGCUCGCUCCGGGGAGAGCAGCCGGCUGGAGAGAGACACCCGGGACCUGACGGACAGCCUGUCCUCCCUGAGGGCCCAGCACCACGAGGACCACAUCACCAGGAAGCUCCUGGAGCAGCGGGAGGAGGAGCUGCGGCAGCAGGUGCGCUCCCUGAGGCAGAAGGAGGCGUCGCUGGGCAGGAGCAACUCGGAGCUGGGCCUGAAGAGCCAGCAGCUGGAGAGCCGCCUGACGCUCCUGGAGGAGGAGCUCAGCCAGGCCCGCGAGGAGCAGAGGGAGGCGCAGAGCACCAACCAUCAGCUGCAGGAGGAGCUGCUGUCCAGCCAGCAGGAGACAGACAAGUUGCAAGGAGAGAUACAGCUGGUCCUGCUACAGCUGGACACACACGUCAGGAGGCACAACGAGAAGCAGGAGCAGCAGCGUAGCAAGCUGCGGCAGGCCCGGCAGGCCUGCCUGAAGGCCACAGGGCAGCGGGACCGCACCAUCCAGAGGCUGGAGAACGACCUGGAGCUGGCCUCCAGCCUCUCCCUCAAGGAGAAGGAGUCGGUGCGUACGGUGAUGGCUGAGAAUGAGAAGCUGUUGGUGGAGAAGAGGGACCUGCUGCGGAGGAUGAGCGAGGCUGAGGACCUGGGCAGCGCUGGCAUGCGUACCGCUUCCACUGUGCAGCACAGGGUCAACGGCCUGGAGCAGGAGAACCGACAGCUGCAGGACAGGACGCUGAAGCUGUCCAAUCAAGUGAGCUGCUUGGAGCGGGCCCUGAGGAACGUCCAAUCGUUCUGCAGUCUGGAGCACGAGGUGAGGAAGAUGUUACCCUCCGAGGGUCUGACCAUGGACAGCAUGCUCCAGUCCUCAAGUCUCAGCCUGACCUCCGGCGGCUGCGACCCCCUUGGGAUCCUGGACGCCAUCUGCCGGGUCAAGGGGGAGGGUCCCCGCGUCGCCCCGCCCAGCGCGCCCCAGUUCCAGCCCUCGGAGCUGGGCUACCUGAACGUCACGUCCCCCGGCCCCGGGGGUCUGGCGGAGACCCGGCACAGUGCAGAGCGUGACCAGCCCUUUAGUGUGAAGGAGAAGACGGAGGAAGAGAUGGGCAUAGAGGGCACAAUUGACAAUAAAUUGCCCACAGUGCAGUGA